ACGCGGACGCCUCUCUCUCCCCCUGCGCGUGUUUGGGUGAGCCACUCACCGCCAUUACAUCAUCUCACCCCCACGCACGAGCGCAUGGGCGCAGGGACUCUACACAGCCGGAAUCCCGUUCGUUUGAGACACAAAGAAGCUUGGAUAAACAGCGGCGGGACGUGAUGCCGCGUGAAUGAGCCGCGCGCGGAGAGGAGGGGGCAGAGGAGAGACUGCACCGUCAUCAGCACCAGUCCAGCUCCCUUUGUGUUUCCGCGGAGAAUGUGAAUGGCGAAACAUGACAUGGCAGAGGUAGAGCUGGCACCAAACGCGGCGGAGCCCCCCGGCGGCGCGCCCUCGUCCUCCGCGUUCCCGUACGAGGAGUACGAGUGUAAAAUAUGCUACAAUUACUUCGACCUUGACCGGCGCGCGCCCAAGAUAUUGGAGUGUCUGCACACGUUUUGCGAGGAGUGUCUGAACACGCUGCACCUGCGCGAGGAGCGGCCAUGGCGCAUCAGCUGCCCCGUGUGCCGCCACCGGACCCCCGUGCCCGACUACCGCAUCCAGAACCUGCCCAACAACACCAAGGUGACGGAGGACUUCCCGCUCUACAUCGACUCGGACCCCCUCCCUCAGGACGCUCUGCCCCCGUACCCCCCGCCUCUCCACCCGGCUCUCGUCGCCCUCCGCCGCGAGGAGGCAUCGGGCACGUCCAGCGUGAGCCACAGCCAGGCCACGCCGUCCACCACCGUGUCCACCGCCACCACGCUGUCCCAGGACUCCGUGCGCUACGACAGCUGUCAGAGCUGCAAGCGCGUGGCGCUGACCACGGGCUGCGUGUGCGUCAUCUUCUCCUUCCUGUCCAUGCUCGUGCUCCUCUUCAUGGGCCUGAUCUUUGUGCACAGCCACAGUAUCCCGCCCUCUCCAGCUGGACCCAUCUGCCUGUCCGUGGCCAGCAUCCUCGCCAUGUUCUCUGUGGUGGUCACGUGGCUCAUCUGCUGGCUCAAAUACAGACCGGACCACGACACGGGACGCGCGUCUGCCACCAGUAACUCCCGGAGAAACGCCUGACUCUGUCUGUUAUGGUGGUGUACAUAGACUUUGCUCCCUUUACUUUUAUAGGAACAGAACUUCCCGAAAUGGCCUUGUCUUAUACAAACACCGCGGGCCUUCAU